AUGAUCAAGAACUCUUAGCAAGCAAGCCUCUUAGGUUUGUUAUGCAUGAUUGUAUUAUAUAUUUAAAAAUUGAUUUCUUAAUAAUUAAUAUUAAUUGCUUGGUCCUUUUUAAAAUUAAUUUUUACAUAUUAGAAAAAAAAUAAAAUUAAAUAAAUUAGAUCUGUUGCCCUUGGAAAAUUAUUAUAUGGCACAUUAAAAAAAAAUUAAAUUGUAAGCUUUGCUCCAAUUCCAUUUAAAUCAAGAGUUAAAUCUAUUGAAAUUUAUCAUUGUUUUUAAGAAGAAGGAACUAUUGGUUAAUUAAUAGGAGUUCACUUAUCAGAACUUUCAUACAAAGAGAUUUCAAAUGGACAUAUUUGUUCAGAUGUCGAUAAUGAUCCAGCUUAAGAAUGUGCAUCAUUUGUGGCAAAGAUAAAGAUCAUGGAAGACUUUAAACAUUAGCUCAAACAAAAAUAGUAUUAUACAAUACAUUUCUUCACUAAAAGAAUGCAAUGUAGCAUUUUGAAGAUUUAAUAAAACUUAAAUAUAAAAAAUUAAAAUGAAAUUAUUGAGAAUCCUUAAAUUUUAAGAGCUGGUGAUAUUGGAAUAAUUGAAUUUAAACCAAUAAAGUAGAUAACAUUAGAAAAUUAUAUUGAUUAUCCUUAACUAGGUAGAAUAGCAAUUAUAGAAAACCGUCGUAUGAUAGCUUUUGGAAUAAUUUUAGAAGUAAAAAAUAAAGAAAUAGAACUAAAGAUUAAACAAAAAGAACCCAAUUAAUGA